CCCACUGCUUUCAUUUCCUCGUGUCUUGUGACGGUGUCGAGUACGGUCAGAACACUGGCAUGCGUUAAAGAAAUAAGACGUCGUCUAUCCAUCCAAGAGAAAGAUAAUAAACCACAUUUUUCAGUGAUCGCGGAGCGUUCGUUCGGUUAAAAAGACAAAAGUCUGGUCGGUCGUCAGCAAGUCAACUGUUAAGUGAUUUAUAAAGAACUAAAUAAAAGAAUAAUGACGGUCGUUCGAUCAUAUGACUAACAUGCAGAUGUAACUAAGAAAAGUUUGAGAAAUAUUUCAAAUAAGGUCAGCAAGGAAUCCAUGAAAAAACAUCUGAUUUAUUGUGAGAUCCAAAGAACACUUUUGACUAACAAGACUUCAAAUCAAAGACGGCCCAAGAAGUAAAAGAACCUGCGGUCAAGAUAUCGGAUAGCAGAGAACGCUUCAGAAUCAGAAAUUAAAACUGGAAAAAAUUGGCAACAUUCCAACAAUUAGAAAUUAAAGCAUUCAACAAAACAAAUUCCAAAGAAACCAAAAGUUUUGUAACAAAACAUAAAGCAGAAAAGCUCAUUUCGUAAAGAAAGAAAGAAAGAAAGAAAGAAAAGAGGAAGAAAAACAAACGCGACAAAAAAACAAUAAAAGAAUAAUGCGACUUAGAUUUCACAAUUCCAAUAAUAACAAACACCAGAUGACAAUGUCAUCAGCCAGUCUAAGUUUUGUCUAUAUUUCAUUGCUGUGUGCAGUGAUUUUAAGUCCACACUUAACAGAGGCAGUCAGAAGAUCACGGCUGGACUUAACAUCCACCGCCACUAGUACAACAAAUAAUGCAGCGUCAGAGGCGUCUGGCUCCGAGCCGGCAAAGGCAACAUUAGAAUCCGAUUCUCAGGCAUUACCUUUAAAAAGUGAUCAAUCAUCAGCAUCAUCGGCUGGCAAUGAUCUAUCGAAAACUGCCUCCGACACAAAAGAUGAUACCCAACUGUCAAUGACGGCAAACAAUGAUGAUGACGAUUUAAAUGAUGGCAAUGAUACUAAACCAGCCUCUAACACAAACUCAGCUGCUGCCCAUUUGCCUGAGGAAUCUAUUUUGAAUGAUGAUGACAAAGAUCAAAGUGACGAUUCGCCAAAAGAAUUGAAAGAAAUCCCCACCGCCAGUUUUGAAGAUGCUGAAAUUGUUGAAAGUGCCACUCAAUUUGGUUCGUAUGGAUCAGCAGCUGGAGCCAGUCCAGCAAGCAAUUCUGGUGGCAAUAGUUUUGAGGAAUGCGACCCGGAAAUGUUGGGUUUUGAAAUUGUGACUGGUUAUGUCUUUUCGGCACCUGGCAAACUUCUGGACUCGCUGCCGGGCACAUUAAUGUUAACCGAUUGUUUGGAAGCCUGUCAAGGAAACGAAACUUGUCAUGCCGUUAAUUAUGAAACUGGUCUCUGUGUACUAUUUUCAGCUAAUGCCGAUCAAUUACCAGGUGCCUUAACCAAAUCACAGUUCCCUGUCUUUACCAUUUAUGCCCAAAAGUCAUGUCUGGGUGUACGACCAUGUGCACGUGCCUGGUGUGUUGAUCGUGUGCAAAACUACAAACUGAAUGGCCAUGCCAAACGUUCGGUGUCAGUGACAUCGAGACGUGAUUGUUUCGAAUUAUGUUUGGGUGAAGCUGAAUUUACAUGCCGAUCGGCCAACUAUUAUCGUGCCACAAAUAUUUGUGAAUUAUCUGAAAUGGAUCGUAUUACAUUGGCUGGCACCAGUGCAUUCCAAAGUCAAGAUGGCAUCGAUUAUCUGGAGAACAAUUGUGCCGAAGAACCAAAUAAAUUAUGCGAAUUCAAGCGUUUAUCGGGCAGAAUAUUGAAAACGGUCGAUUCCGUAUAUCAGGAUGUUGGCAGCAUUGAUGAGUGCCGUGAUUUAUGUAUAAAUUCGCCAUACAGAUGCCACUCCUAUGAUUUUGGUGAUACCGGUGAUAUGGUCUGCCGUUUGUCCCAUCACAGCCGUGCCACAUUAUCCGAUGUACAAGAUCCCUAUUUGGAAGUACCCGAAGCUGCCACCUAUGAAUUGUCGUCUUGCUACAAUGUAACGAUUGAAUGUGGAGCUGGUGAUAUGGUUGCCCGUAUACGCACUUCAAAAUUAUUCGAUGGCAAGGUGUAUGCCAAGGGAUCGCCCAAAUCCUGCUCGGUCGAUGUUAAAAACUCUUUGGAAUUUGAAUUGAAAAUGGGUUAUCAAGAUUUGGAAUGCAACGUGCGUCAACAAGGAUCCGGCCGGUAUAUGAAUGAUGUGGUCAUUCAACAUCAUGACACAAUUGUUACAUCUUCAGAUUUGGGAUUGGCCGUGACAUGUCAGUAUGAUUUGACCAAUAAAUCGGUGUCAAAUGAAGUUGAUUUGGGUGUUAAGGGUGACAUUGAACCGGCCCUGUCCGAAGAGGUUAUUGUUGAUUCACCUAAUGUAAUUAUGAAGAUUACCGCCCGUGAUGGUUCGGAUGUUAUGCGUUCCGCCGAAGUGGGUGAUCCUUUGGCACUGAAAUUCGAAAUUUUGGAUGAAUCGAGUCCUUAUGAAAUCUUUGUUCGUGAAUUGGUUGCCAUGGAUGGUGGUGAUAAUGCUGAGAUUACCUUGAUCGAUUCGAAUGGUUGCCCCACAGAUCAUUUCAUUAUGGGACCCAUUUACAAGAGCAGUUUGUCGGGCAAGAUUUUGUUGUCACAUUUCGAUGCUUUCAAAUUCCCAUCAUCGGAGGUGGUGCAGUUCCGCGCCUUGGUAACACCCUGUAUGCCCACAUGUGAACCUGUCCAGUGUGACCAGGAAGAUAUUAGUGGUGAAUUUAAAUCCCUGCUGUCCUAUGGUCGGAGACGUCGUUCAGUUAAUGUCACAGCUUCCUUUGGUGGUAAUCAUCUUAGACAACGUCGUGAAACUACCAAGAAACCUAGUCAAGAAGAUUUGCUUUUGGUGCAAUCAAUUCAGAUCACUGACAAAUUUGGCUUCGAUAAACAACAACAAUCGAAAUCUAACAGCAACCACAUGGGCUACGAUGCCAAUGAGACUGUCUUCAUUUCCAGCGAAGCAGCAUCUCAAGGAUUCUGUGUUAAUGCCAUUGGACUCAUUGUGGCUGCCACUGUUUUCCUGUUGGCCCAGCUGGCCGUUAUAGCUAUUUGGACCUACUUGUAUCAAAGACGUCGGAAAUUGCAACCCUACAGCAAUGAGGGCAUGAGCAAUGCCUCCAGUUAUGGAUCACACAGUGCUGGUUCCAGUGCCUCAACUAUUGUGGGUAAUGUACCCAAUGCGAGAUCAGAGUCGUUGUGUAAACUAUAUGAAGGUGGCUUUGGAUCAAGGCAUGGACGUCAAUUUUGAGGCAAUUCGUAGAUAAAAAGACAAUUUUCAAUUGACUCAAAAACAAGAGGUUAAAGUAUUUCGAAACAUGAGAAAAAAUCGAGUUAAUUUAAUUGAAAAAAUACAAGAAAAAAAAAUGCUAUAAAAAGAUAAUGCCAUUUAAGAGAGAAAAAAGAACAAAGCAAUUUAAAAAAAUAUAUAUUUUUUUUAGAAAAAUUCAAAACGCAAGCGAACAAAAAAAAUGAAAAAGAAAACAUACUUAAUGGUGCCGGAUAAAGUAAAAACUCGAGGGCAAUAUUUAUUUUUAUAGACAUCUAUGAGUAAUUGCUAGGAAUAACUAUAUUUAACACGUAUUAUGGACCUAAUAAAGGGAGUAGCAUUGUUAGGGAAAAUCCCAAGGGACACGGACAAACGGUUGUCAUUCCCUUUUAAUGCAACACCUUUUAUUUGCAGAAAGAAAAAUAAUUAACUAAAAUCAAAUAUUAUUUAUAUGUAAGUUUUUAGUUUAUAAACGCAAGAGAGCAUAUUUAGAAAAUUGCUUUAAAAAGAAACUUUAUAGAAGUAUAAGAACAGAUUUUGCGGAAUUAUUUAAAAGAGAAGACUUCGUAAUGAGACAAUAAUAAUAACAAUAAUAAU